AUGAAGCCCACCUCUGCAGUCUCCUCGCCAGAGGCCUGUAAAGCAGCCCGCCAGGCACCACAGCAGAAGACUCAAGCCAAACCCACAAAGGCUCCUAAGCAGAAAGUUCUGGUGACUGGAGGAGGAGGCUACCUGGGCUUUAGCCUGGGAUCCACCCUUGCCAAGAGUGGCGCUUCUGUCAUUCUGCUUGACCUCCGCAGACCUCAGUGGGAACUGUCCUCGGGGACUGAGUUCAUCCAGGCUGAUGUCCGAGAUGAAGAAGCCCUGUACCGCGCCUUCGAAGGAGUGGACUGUGUCUUCCAUGUGGCCUCCUAUGGAAUGUCUGGUGCUGAGAAGCUGCAAAAAGAGCAGAUUGAGUCUAUAAAUGUCGGAGGCACCAAACUAGUGAUCGAUGUCUGCGUGCGCCAGCGCGUUCCGAGGCUCGUCUACACCAGCACCGUCAAUGUUGCAUUUGGUGGAAAACCCAUAGAUCAAGGCGAUGAGGACUCCGUGCCAUAUUUCCCACUGGACAAGCACAUGGACCACUACUCCCGAACCAAAGCGAUCGCUGACCAGUUGAUCCUCAUGGCCAAUGGGACACCUCUCCCAGGAGGAGGCACUCUUCGGACGUGUGUGCUCCGGCCCCCCGGGAUCUACGGCCCUGAAGAGCAGAGACAUCUGCCCCGUGUGGCGAGCCACAUCAAGAGGAGGCUGUUCAUGUUCCGAUUUGGGGACCGCAGGACACGGAUGAACUGGGUUCACGUGCUCAAUCUGGUGCAGGCACAUGUACUGGCAGCAGAGGCCCUCACAGCAGCCAAGGGCUAUGUGGCCGGUGGGCAGGCGUACUACAUCAACGACGGGGAGAGCGUCAACCUCUUUGAGUGGAUGGCCCCGCUGUUUGAGAAGCUGGGGUACAGCCAGCCCUGGAUCCAGGUACCUACUUCCUGGGUUUACCUGACAGCCGCAGUGAUGGAACAUGUACAUUUGGCCCUGAGACCCAUCUGCAGCAUCCCACCACUGCUGACGCGGAGUGAGGUGUGCAGCGUGACCGUGACGCACACCUUCCAGAUAGCCAAGGCCCGCGCUCAGCUUGGCUACACGCCGGACAAGUUCAGCUUUGCCGACGCGGUGGAGCGAUACGUGCAGUCCUCGACCCGGCGGCCCCGCGGCUCCACGGCGCGGGCGCUGCUGCGGCUGCUACAACAAAAAUCCAGCGGAGGCAAGUUCAUCUGCCAUCAGUUCAGCUGCUCCACCCAGCAUUUCUCCAGGGGCCCAGAGGCCCUGCUGACUAGGCGUCUCUGGCCUGGCCCGCCCUGCGCGUUAGAUCUGGACACUGUGCUUAGCAGGCGGCGAGCCGGGACUCAGCGCCAGUCGUCGCGCUCAGGGCCCCCAGCCAGCGCCAGAGCCCAGAGGCCCCAGCGGCGGCUGCGGAAGCGACGACGGCCACCGGGGGGCGGCCGCGUGAGCGCCCGCCAGCCCAGCCCCGCCCCCGCCCCCGCCCCCGCCCGCCCUCUCCUGCCCCAGCCCAGCGCCAGCGCCACCCCAGGUCGGCUCCGGCCCGGAACCCACGCCCGCUCGCCGCGCGCUGCAGCUGCCCCAGCCCGGCUCGCUGUCGCCUGCGCUCGCGUCCCCAGCACACGUCCCCGCAUUCCGGGAUCGUUCCAGCGGCCCCGCGCGCCCCCCGCGCCCUGGGAGCGCUCCAUCCGCCCCGCGCGGCCCCUACUGCGUCCCCGGAGCGCCGGCCCGCGCGCCCCGCUCGCCGCUCCCCGGCACUCUCGGGGGGCCCGAUCGCCCUGCACCCUGGAGCGCCGGGCCGCGAGUCUCUGCCAGCUCCUCUGGAUCCUCGCGGCCGUGGCUGGCUCCUGGAGCGCAGUGGGUCUGGAUUUGGUAGACCGCGCGGAAGAAGGGGGGGGCGCUUCUCCUUUGGUGGUUAAACUCACCGGACUCAGUGUUUGCUUCUGUAAAAUGGGGGAAGUCAUGCAGAUUAAUGGCGAUGUGAUUGGGGAAAGAAUUGCAAGUGGCAGCUCGGAGGGGCCUCCGCCUGGGGCGGCCCCACCUCCUGGCACGCAGAGGGUGGGCGCAGCCCUGCCUUCCCGUCCCCUGCAGGGCCCGAAGCCGCAUUCCUCACCCGGUCCCCCGAACUAG